AUGACUACUGAAGCCACUGUUCGCAAGUUCUUUGCGUCUUCUGCCUUUGCGGUAGUGGGCGCGAGCUCAAACCCCGCCAAGUUCGGCCACCGAGUCUUUGUCUGGUAUCUAUAUCAUGACCUGCCAGUUACGCCCAUCAAUCCGGGGUCGGCGACUAUUUCUGCUUUAGAAAAGGACUAUCCCACAGUCCCCAACAUUACUGCGCUUCCCAAUCCAAAGCAGACGUCCAUCUCAGUCAUCACUCCUCCUUCAGCAACUCUCAAGGUGCUCCAGGAAGCAAAGGAGCUUGGCAUCCCGUCUGUGUGGCUGCAGCCUGGUAGCUUUGAUGAUGACGUCCUCAAGUUUGCCAACGAGCAAGGUGGAUUCGACGCGGUUGUGGCCGGGGAUGGCGGCCGGGGUCAUGAAGGGUGGUGCAUCUUGGUGGAUGGUGAGCGAGGACUGAAAGCGGCUGGGAAGCUGUGA